AUGGGAAUGGAAAACGCCCGCCUCAUCAACGCCUGUAUCCCUGUUGUGCAGUUCCAGAGCCCAACCAGCGGAAUUUGCGGUGACCUCACAAUCGGUAACCUUGGUGGUGUGGAAAACUCCAAGAUACUCGCCGAGAUCAACCGCGUGCUUCCUGACUUUUACGGUGUCUGCGUGUACCUCGUCAAGGUGUGGACGAAAAAGUGCGACGUGGUGGCGCCGGACAAGUCCAUGCUCAGCAGCUUCACCAUGACCACGAUGACGUCGACGGUGCUACAAGAACUGGACCUGCUGCCCAUCCUUCUGCCAACCAGCACAUACAGCGAGCUCACUUUGCCCAAUGCUCAAAGGACCCUCGACACCUUCCAGCAACCACACGUGUAUGAGGGAAUUGAGCAGGACGAUGAGCUCCCCGGUGAGGUUGUGUACUUCUGCUUUUUAUGCUUUGCGGAGUACUACUCCAAGUUCGACUUUAACAACAGCACCGUGAACCUCAUGUAUCCGCGCCGCCAUCGCUCUCUCUACGCCAAGAUUGUGAAGGAGCACAUUGAACCUCUCGGCGUGCGGAGGCAGAAGGGGUGGGAUACCUAUCUGCUCGGCGAUCACGGCGACAGCGCGGUCGUCCACCCCCCCCCUAGUCCCUUCCCCCAGAAGUCCUUAGAGGAGUCCAUGCGCCACGAGGUUGUCCAGCGGCAGGCAGGCAUGGCCUUUGCUGUGGAGGAUUUCGUUAACUACGUUAACUGA